UGGGCGGAGACCCAGGAAGUGACGGCCCUGUUGGUGGUCCCGGUGUGGGUGAAGUCCGCGGCGCCACCUCUGCGGCCACCGCUUUCCUGGGCGAUGGAGAAUGGAGCGGUGUACGGCCCCACCACGGAGGAGGACCCGGGCCCAGGCAGGGGCGCCCGGAGAGGCCUCGCCUCCUGCUUCUCCCUGGGCCGGCUUCAUUUGCGUCGGCUCGCGCUCAAAGUCUUGCAGCUCUUGCUGUCCCUGCUGGCCUUUGUCUGCGAGGAAGUCGUGUCACAGUGUACACUGUGUGGAGGACUUUACUUUUUUGAAUUCGUGAGCUGCAGUGCCUUUCUUCUGAGUCUCCUCAUCCUGAUUGUGUACUGCACUCCCGUUUAUGAGCAAGUCGAUUCUACCAAAGUCAAGCAGUCGGAUUUUUAUAUUACUAUGGGAACAGGCUGUGUGUUUUUGUUGGCAUCCAUCAUUUUCGUUUCCACACAUGACAGGACCAAAGCUGAGAUCGCUGCAACUGUGUUUGGAUUUCUAGCAAGUAUUAUGUUCCUGUCUGACGUUGUCAUUAUGUUCUCUGACAGACGACAGGAAUCCCAGAUGAGGAAACCAGAGGCUACCAGGAGGGCAGGGGCCCUCACAGAACCCCUUAAUGCUUAAGGACUUUGGGGACUGGGUGUUACAUAAGGUAUUGACUGUGUGGUGCCUGAGCCCUGGCCGCUUGUGUAGAAUUUGUGUAAUUGUUAAACCACUUCUUUUGGAGAGCAAAGGGAAGGGCAGGAAGGCAGUUUUAUUAACAUUGGCCUGUGUGUCAGUCACCACAAAUUAGGCCAGAGAGUUUUUGGGUUUAAAAAAAUUUUUUUUAAAUAACAGUUAAAACUUCUGUCACAUGAAAUGGUUCUGUUUUUGUUUUGGAGGCAAGGACAGUUGUUUCUUUAAAUCACAUAGCUCAACUGAUGAUAAUUUAUUCUGUCAUUGUUACUAGGCCUAGCUUUCAAAUUAAGGCUGUACAGCCAGCAUGAUUAAGUUCAUCCAUUUAGAAAUUGUUUUAUUUUUAAAUUAAUUUGCUUAGCCAGGAUUUUUUUUUUUGAUGAUCAGAUAAAAUUUAAUGUAUAUUUAAGAGAUCAUAUUUAAAAUAUUGGUCUAGAUUUUUUUUCCCUUAAAAAUGUAAUACCCAGGCUUUACUGUAUCUCAGCCUUAAAAUUAUAUUGUUACAUUUUAGGAUAAUAACUCUUUCUGAGACCUUUUAUAGCCUGAUAGAAACUGUAUGGGAGGUGUUGGUAUUUUAUAUGUAUAAAAGCAACAACAUCAGAAACCACAUGUUUUUACUGCACUUUGGUGGUUGUUGAUAAGCAAAAAAAA